AUGAGGACGCUAACCCGGGCACUUGCCCGCCUCGCCAAGUCCCGCUCUUCCGACACUAAACUUAUGCAAUCCCUAGUCGCGCUCGCGUGGUACUCAGAGUUAGUUGUCCAGGAACACAGCACGCUCAAGGCUAUGACAAACGUUUGCUCCCGCCUUGAGCAAUAUGAGGUAAAAAUAGAGAAGAUUGCCAAAACAGCCACAGAGGCCUGCGAGCAGGCUAAACAGAGUACUGACAACUUAUCCAGCCUCGCGCAACGACUAGGAGAGGACGCGGGCGACAUUAAAGACACCCACCAGUCUCUCCGCACCAUCUCCGACAACCUCCACGGCAUGGCCGCCGACGCAGGACGGACCAUGAGGGAAGCCGCUGAGUCCUUCGUUGAAACACAUAAACUGGAGGCCGUCCCGCAGGUAGGCAGCUACAUUCAACCUGCACCACUAACCUAUGCCGCAGCUGCCAGUCAAGCCCUCCCGCCUGCGCAUACACAGACCCUUGCUAGAGAAAAAACCCGGACCUGUCAAGUCAUCAUCGACGGAGCCACGUGUAAGCAUGCUGAUGGUACAGGCCUCAACGAAGACGAACUCCUCGCCAAAGCAAAUACGGCCUUCGACCUUAUGGGAGUGGCACGGGCAGACGCCCCUUCAGACUUCAAGUUCAAGUCGGUUCACUACAUGCGCAACGGAGGAAUCACUUACACUUUGGAUAGCCCAGAAUCAGCUAAGUGGCUACGCAGAUCUGAUGUGAUGAAAAGCUUCUUAGAACAUUUUGGUGACCAGGCCUCCCGCGUGAAGAUACACUUACACUCAGUCCUCGCUGAAUUUGUCCCUGUAGCAUGCAACCCAAGUAACAGCAACUACCUCCGGGUUGUCGAGGGCUUCAACAACCUUGACCCGAAUUCGAUUGAAGAAGCCCGCUGGAUCAAACCUCCGGAACGCAGAGCGAAAGGCCAGAAAGUCGCCCACCUCAUCCUUCGUUUUAACAGCCCGACUGCUGCUAACCGCUCCAUCUGUGACGGCCUCAUCAUAGCCAGCAAACAGGUCUCAGUUAGAAAGCUGAUCCGGGAACCUCGUCGUUGCCUCAAAUGCCAGAAAAUCGGAGUCCCGCACCUUGCUAGUGACUGCAAGCAGAUCCACGAUACUUGUGGAAACUGCUCCUCUAUCUCCCACAGGACUUCAGUAUGCGAGGCAGACCCGACUGACUUCAGAUGCAGCAACUGCAUCUCAGCAGGACGAGCAAAUGCAGACCACGCGGCGUGGGACCGCGACUGCCCCAUCUUCCUCGAACACUGCCGUCGCAUGGAGGACCGCCAGCCAGAAGCGAAGUAUCGUUUCUUCCCCACAGAUGAUCCAUUCUCCUGGGAGACCAUAGGCCAGCCAACACUACCCGCAGCACCUGCGGCACCUCCACACUUCCAUCCACAUGCUCUCGCACCCCCACCUAAUGCACCAUCCUCACAGAGCUGGGCGAACGAGGUUGACGAACUCUACCCACAACCGAACGUGUUCCCUCGCCCUUCACAGGCACGUCGGGCCCGCGAGGCAAAGCACUCCAGUGUAGCAUCGCAGACGCGGCAGCCAUUGGACCAGGCUCGCAUACACCGCUCGAACUCCCGGUCAUCGUCCAGACUCUCAUACGCCAGAGCCUCCCCCAUCGGUUUCCAUGCCUGA